AUGAAUAUUAUUCCGUAUAAAAUUCUUGAAAAACAACCAACUAUUGAACCUCCAUCAAAGGCUAACGUGAUUUCAUCCGAGGAUAAUUCGACGGCACAUCCUCUUAUAAAACUUGAACAUUCUGAUUCUUUAGAUUCUCAAAUUAUUUCGGUACAACAACAGCGAAUCCAGCACCAACAACAACAAUUAGAGCACCAACAGCAACGGUUAGCGCAACAAGAAUUACAGCACCAACAAGAAUUACAGCACCAACAAGAAUUACAGCAUCAACAACAGUUACAACAUCAGCAACAGUUACAACACCAGCAACAAGAAUUACAGCACCAAUUACAGCAGCAACAACAGUUACAGCACCAGCAACAGCAACAACAAUGUCAGCAGCAAUUACAACAAACGCAGCAACCUUUACCACCACAACAACAGGAACUUCAAUUACAGUUUCAACAGCAGCAGCAGCAACAACAGCAUGAAAAAAUCCAACAGCAUCUUGAGCAUCAACAGCAGCAGCAGCUUGAGCAGCAUCAACAGCAGCAGCAGCUUGAGCAUCAACAACAGCAGCAGCAGCUUGAGCAUCAACAACAGCAGUUUGAGCAUCAACAACAGCAGCAGCUUGAGCAGCAUCAACAACAGCAGCAGCUUGAGCAGCAUCAACAACAGCAGCAGCUUGAGCAGCAACAGCAACAGCAACAGCAGCAGCAGCUUGAGCAGCAACAACAGCAGCAGCUUGAGCAUCAACAACAGCAGCAGCUUAAGCAUCAUCAACAACAGCAGCAGCAACAAGAACAGCUUUCACAUCCACAUCCGCAUCAACAUAAAUCACCAGAACAACAACAAUUAUCAUUACCAUUACCACAAAGUCGAUCUCCAACACAAACAUUGCUCAGUACACAUACUUCGAAUUCACCGCCGGUCGCUGCACAAUUCACGCCCAUUCAAUCAAUACAAAUGGAAUCGUCAAAAAGUGCAGUAUCACAAUUACUAAUAAGUAAUCACGACGAAUCAGAACGUCAAAAUCUUCUAUUGAGGUUGGCUGAAUACGAUUAUGGAAAUUGGAAUGACGAUGCUCUGCGUAAAGAAUUAGAAAAACGCGAAAAAAACCCUGCGGGCGGUAAAAGUCACGAUGAACGUCCUACGAAAAGACGGUCGACUCAGAUAACUAGUGAUUCUGAAGAUGACCAAGAAUCGAUAAAUUCGCGUGCUGAUUCCAUCGAAGAUAUAAAACACGAACCAAAUAAUAAUCGUGCUGAUAUGUCCAAGAUUACUAAUUUAACUAACGACGACCAAGAUCCAAACAAGCAAGAUACAAAAAAGUGUAUGUGGCGAAACUGUACAAAGAUUUUCCAGCAAUUGGAAUUACUAAUAACGCACGUGAUCGAAAUUCAUAUUGGAAGUGGAAAGGCAACAUAUUCGUGCGAAUGGGAAGGCUGCACACGAGGCACAAAACCAUUUACCAAACGCCACAAAAUGUACAAUCAUCUAAGAACACAUACCGGUGAAAGACCUUACAUGUGCGAGACUCCUGGCUGUGGGAAAAGAUUUUCCCGACCAGACUCGUUAACAACCCACAUAAAAACCCAUUCGAACGUACGUCCGUACGUGUGUUCAUCGAAAGGAUGCGGCAAAGCAUACUAUCAUUCUCGAUCGUUGAGAAAACAUGAGAAAACUCAUGAUAUAAGACCACACCCUCAUCCUUUACCCGCUGUUCAUCACGCGGCACAUCCGAUCACAAACAGCGGAAUGCAUAUAAACUUUGCACAGCAAAGUAGAAUGUAUACUUCACCGCAACCUGUUCAACAACAACCGCCGCCUCCACCGCAGCCACAACCUGGACCACCCCCGUCAUCACAUCUUUUCUCACAGAGAGGAUCGUUGCAGUAUGAUAAUUCAUCUGCAAAUGACCCACGAGAUAUGAGACCUUCUGUCUCGCAUACGUCUCCUGGACUUCAUCAUCAUCCAACAUUGCCAUCCGUUCAUCAUAUGCAUCCUGGUCCAUCGUCGAUGGUUGGCCCACAGUCUCAGUCUCCUAGUAAUCAUCCUUUCAAUAUUGGUCCACCACCACCAUUAUUGCCACAAAGUCAUACACAACCACCGUCGUCGCGGUAUCAUCCUUACCCUAAUAUGCCUCAUCGUCCAGAAUUAGUGCAUAAUUGUAACUCAUAUGAUGAUAGGUCACAAUCACCACAUCCUUCUCAACAGUCGACAUCGUCACCAGCCGGUUCUUCAGUUUCAUUUUAUAGUCAGACACCACAACAUAAUAGACACCAUGGAAAUAAUUAA